GGUGUCAUUCACUGAGAACUCGUUUAAUACUUGUUACUUUCGAAAUACUAUAGCUCACUCCAAGUUGCAUAUGCAUGGUGCACGUGAAAAUGAUCUUCUACCCCCAUUGCCCGCAUUAGCCAAUGAAAGAAAAUACACGGAAAAACAAGCGAAUGAGAAAAAGCCCUUCCCAAUGAUGCCGAAGGGAAACUGGUUAUUCAUGAACUCGCCCACCUUGGCUUGUGACCGCCCACAGGAAGACAGUAUUGAUUUCGUGGCUAGGAGGUAGCAGAGCUACAGAGCUAAUCUCUGCAGAGAAGCUAAGCGAACAGCUACUUGCUAACAUGGCGGCGGAACACAUUCGUGCUCGUUUUAUCUGUGGCAAUAAGACAUCAACAUUGCAUUUCUUGCCCAAGAAAGAAGAGUCAAGGACUAAAUGGUUAGAAUUUAUCUUCGGAACACCACCAGCGAAGUAUAGCCCUAAUUUAGUUCUGUGUUCAAAUCAUUUUGACCACAGUGACUUUUACAACUUCGGUGCCUACAGUAGUGGUUUUGCAUCGAAGUUGUUAUUAAAACCUGGAUCUGUACCAUCACAACGAUCGAGCACAAGCACACAGGGGAGCACAUCACAGACAUUGGUGACAACCCCCAUUCAUACCAGCACCCAAACAGACCCACCUAGCUGUGCAUGUCGGGCUACACAGCUUUCUAUGGGUACAUUAGGUCAUCACGUUAGAAGCAAAGGUACCCAAACAGAAUCCUUUAUGAGAACUGCGAGUAUUGCCACAAGUACCUCUGAUGCACCAUGGGGCCCUGCUACCUCUACGCCCAUCAAGGCUGUUCACCCAAGGCCAGCAAAAAGACCUCGGGUUGAUGAAGAGGAGGAGGAGGAAAGUGACAUCUCCACAAUUUUACCUGAACCCCAUGACUCCACGUAUGAUCCAGCACAGUCAAUCAGCAAUGUAACAGAAGCAUCACAGCCCACUGAUACGUCUUCAACUGGAUACAAAGACUCCAAGUACAUAGUAUUUGAGAAGAACCUUUUGAAACGUGUCCAGACUGUCGCCGGUUGUCGGAUGUGAGGACCUACAGACAGGGAACAUUUUUGGCCAUCGACCAAAAAUGCCAUCACUGCCAGUUUUCCAGGCAAUGGAAGAGCCAGCCAGCGAUUGGAAGCUCCCCUGUAGGCAACAUAAUACUGUCUGCUGCCAUAUAUUUCACCGGCUCCUCAUAUUUCCAAGUGCAAAAGAUAUUUCAAGCCAUGCAUCUGCAAAACAUCAGCUACUCAGCAUUCCGUAGGCAUGCAAGCAGUUAUCUGGAAACAGCUGUGAUCCACCAAUGGCACCAGUACCAAGAAGCAGAAUUUGAGUUCUUGAGUCAGAGGAAAGUCAAGAUUGGAGGGGACAUGCGAGCAGAUUCACCGGGUCACUCUGCCAAAUAUGGAAGUUACAGUUUGAUGAAUCUGGAGACCAACAGCAUUAUUGACAUUCAACUAGUCCAGAGCAAUGAGGUUGGCGGGAGCCACAACAUGGAGAAAGAGGGACUCAAAAGAAGCCUACAGCUUUUGGAGUCCAAGGGUGUGGCAGUCGAUUACAUUGUCACUGACCGUCAUCCACAGAUACAAAAAUAUCUCCGUGAGCAAAAGAUAACACACUACUAUGAUGUCUGGCAUUUGGAAAAAGGUCUAUCUAAGAAACUGGGAAAAGUGGCUAAAGAGAAGGACUGCGAGGUGGUCAAGAAGUGGCAGCGUGGAAUCAGCAACCAUGUUUAUUGGUGUGCAACAUCCUCAUCCUCAGGGCCAGAGAAAGUCGCCAAAUGGACAUCUGUGGUAAACCACAUGCAAAACAAACAUACCCACGACAAUCCUCUCUUCCCACAAUGCCAACAUCCAGUCCGCCGGAGCAGAGAUCGCAAGAAGUGGUUUCAACCAGGUUCCAAAGCCCUCUACAAAGUGGAGAAGAUCCUAACAAAUAAGAGGGUCCUCAGUGAUGUUGAGAGGCUAAGCUCACGGUACCAGACCUCAACUCUGGAGGCAUUCCACAGUGUAAUCUUGCGCUUCACACCCAAAAGUGUGGUCUUUCCUUUCAUUGGGAUGUUGUGCAGACUAUAUCUGGCAGCAAUGCACUUCAAUGAAAACGCUGGCCGCACUCAGGCAAGAACAACUUCAGGGAAACUGAGGUACAGCUUACAUUUCCCAAAAGCCAAAAAGGGAGUUUACUGGCACACUGUGAAGCCAGUAAAAUCACCGCCAACACACUGCUACGUCCACAACCUGAUUGCUGGGGUGUUUGAAGAGAUAGUCCCCAACCCCCUGCCUUACAUGGAGGAGCUCCAAAAAAUCCCUGUUCCUGAUGCCCUGUCCUCAGCAUUCUACCAUCCUCCACUGACAGAAGCUGUGGCUGCAUACACAUCUCGCUUUAGGCAAGGGCAGCCCUAAAGCCGACAUAUUGGCCUUCUGUGUCUGGGAACUCUCUUCGGAUCCGUAGGACAACACAAGCCGGAAUAACAACUCGGACUUUUCUACCUAAAUAACCCCAGCACCAGCUGACAAAGGAUCUGUAGGCCAGAUGUCUGCAUCGCCUGGCAAAAAAAGACAUUGUAUA